AAUGUAACACCAAUAUUAUUAUUUUUUCUUCUUUUGUUUGUGAUGAAAACAACAAGUUGGCCAAUAAUAACUGAUUGAGAUUAAAUGAUAUCCAAGAUGAAGACUAAACCCCAACAAUAAAAUCUGUAUUAAAUCCACCUAUCUCUUCCCACUUUCCCAAUAAUAUUUAUUUGACUAAACCAUAGUAUCAUUUUCCCAAAUACAUACCACUAAGAGAUAUACAAUUUGAUCAAUUCCUUAUUUUCUUAGUUUCUCUUCUCAACAAACAACUAGCUAGAGAGCCAUGGAAGAAAGUGAUCAUGAAGAAUGCAACACAGGUUUAUGUCUUGGAUUGGGAGGAGGACACGUGGCAAAAAAGGAGAAGAAGCAAAAAUUAGUGAACAAACCUUUGAUGGCUUGUUUUGACCUAGCUUUUGAGAUUUCUCCUAAAGGAGAAGCCAUGAACAUAUACAAUAAUCAUAGCAACAUCAAGAAGGGUGAAAGAUUGAGCUUGGAGAGACAACAAAAUUAUCCGAAUGUAACGUAUAGCACCGAUUCUGAAAACAACAACAACAAUAACAAUAACAACAACGAUAGUAGAAAGAAACUGAGGCUCACAAAGGAACAAUCAACCAUCCUUGAGAACACCUUCAAGCUCCACAACACUCUUAAUCCGGUCCAGAAACAAUCACUUGCUGACCAAUUGAAUUUAAAGACUAGACAAAUCGAAGUUUGGUUUCAAAAUAGGAGAGCAAGGACGAAGCUGAAGCAGACAGAAGUGGAUUAUGAAUUGUUGAAAAAACAUUGUCAAAAUCUAAGUGAUGAGAAUAGAAGAUUGAAGAAGGAAUUGCAGGAACUCAAACUUGUACAAUCUCCAUUAUGCCCUCAACGUACUCCAUCAAAACCCAAAAUGUGCUCUUCUUGCGACCACAAAUUGUUCAAGCUCAAUGAACUAGAGAACAACAAUUAAUUCAUAGUUAAUUAUAAAUUGGAAUUAGAGGUGGAAAAUUGAUAAUUACAUGUUUGAUUACUUCUUAAUCAAUACAAAGCUAUAGCAAAUAAUCACAAGAAAAGAAAACACGUGCAUGUCCUAGUCCUCACAUUAGGUAUAUGGAAUUUGGGACGUUGUUUAGACACGUGUAGCUUAAUUGUUAAUUUUUUUUAUAAUUGUUAUCUUAUUGACAUAUAAUAUCACAACAAAAUAUUAACUCACUAUUUAUUUUAA